UGUCCCUGUGCUGCCGCAGGUGAGAAGGACCAGGCCUGAGAGAAUAAAUGACCCUAGACUGGCCAACUUUGGGCAGGACUCCUGGGGGCGGGGACAGGGCGGAAGGCUAGGAGGGGCAGCAAAAAAGGAAGAUAGAGGAAGAUCUGAAGAACUGGAGGUCUCUGAGCUGGAGGAUUAAGUGGGCGUUGGGGUGAGCUGAUUCCUUUCCUGGAAGAAGGGAGCCUGCUGGACAGACUGGGGGACCUGGAGCUUUAGAGACGCUAUUCAGAGCAGUUCUGAAUUUGAGGGGGAUAGUAGUUCUGCCAGGGCAGACUGUAGUCUCAAGAGAGGACAGAGAGAAAACCAAACUUGGGAGAGUGGGCAACGAGGAUGUGGGGUUGUCGAACUCUGAGAAUUGGAACCUGAAGACUCGGGAAGACAAGAAGAUUGUUGUACAGGCACCUUCACCUUCAACUGAAAUUUCCAGGAUCAGCCCCUCCCAGCAUUUUCCCUUGGCUCACAGGCCCAGGCUAACCCCUUCUCCACUGGCCACACUGGCCAGGCGCAGCGAUGACCGUCACCUACACAGCCCGGGUGGCGAAUGCCCGCUUCGGUGGCUUCUCGCAGCUGCUACUGCUGUGGCGCGGAAGCAUCUACAAGCUCCUGUGGCGAGAGCUGCUAUGUUUCCUGGGACUCUACAUGGCACUAAGCGCCGCCUAUCGCUUCUUACUGGCAGAAGAGCAGAAGCGCUACUUCGAGAAGCUUGUCAUAUACUGCGACCAGUACGCCAGCCUCAUCCCCGUCUCUUUUGUACUUGGCUUCUACGUGACUCUGGUGGUGCAUCGCUGGUGGAACCAGUACCUAUGCAUGCCUCUGCCGGAUGCACUCAUGUGCAUAGUGGCCGGCACCGUGCACGGGCGAGAUGAUCGAGGCCGCCUCUACCGGCGCACGCUCAUGCGCUACGCAGGGCUCUCAGCCGUGCUGAUCCUUCGUUCUGUUAGCACAGCUGUCUUCAAACGGUUCCCCACCAUAGACCACGUGGUCGAGGCUGGAUUUAUGACCCGAGAGGAACGCAAGAAGUUCGAGAACUUGAACUCGUCCUACAAUAAGUACUGGGUGCCCUGCGUGUGGUUCUCGAGCCUGGCAGCGCAGGCGCGGCGAGAGGGGCGCAUCCGCGACAACAGUGCCCUUAAGUUGCUACUAGAGGAGCUGAAUGUGUUUCGGAGCAAAUGUGGGAUGUUGUUUCACUACGACUGGAUUAGCAUACCCCUUGUCUACACCCAGGUAGUCACUAUCGCAGUGUACAGCUACUUCUUGGCUUGCCUCAUUGGUCGUCAGUUCCUAGACCCUGCACAGGGCUACAAAGACCACACCCUGGACCUCUGCGUACCCAUCUUCACCUUGCUGCAGUUCUUCUUCUACGCUGGAUGGCUUAAGGUAGCGGAACAGCUUAUUAACCCUUUUGGAGAAGACGACGACGACUUUGAGACCAACUUUCUGAUUGACCGCAACUUCCAGGUGUCCAUGCUAGCCGUCGAUGAGAUGUAUGACGACUUGGCCAUGCUGGAGAAAGAUCUAUACUGGGAUGCAGCGGAAGCUCGCGCUCCCUACACCGCGGCCACCGCUUUCCUGCUUCAGCAGCCCUCCUUCCAGGGCUCCACUUUUGAUAUAGCGUUGGCUAAAGAGGACAUGCAGUUCCAGAGGCUGGACGGCGUGGAUGGCCCCCUGGGAGAGGCUCACGGGGACUUUCUGCAGCGCCUCCUGCCGGCGGGGGCGGGUUCUGUGGGUCCGCUGGGGCGGCGCCUGUCGCUGUUAAGGCGUAAGAACAGCUGUGUGUCAGAGGCCUCCACCGCAGCCAGCUGUGGCUGUGCAGAUGGCGGAGGCGUUGAGUGCGGUUGUGGAGACCCAUUGCUGGACCCCAGCCUGCGGGAACCUGAGCUGGAGCCUCCCGCAUGUCCUGAGCAGGCUGUUCCCAUCCCUGGACCAACUCCUGAACCUUUUACCACCGUGUCAAUUCCAGGGCCUCGGGCUCCUGCGCCACCCUGGCUGCCUAGCCCUAUUGGAGAAGAGGAAGAGAGUCCCGCCUGAGACCCUGAGAACAGGACCCCUACGGACACCUACCUAAUCCUGCACGGGAAAUGCUGGUGACCGCCAGGGUCUGCACAAGCUAGCUAGGCCUGCAGAAAGCUGACCUACUCAUUUUGACCAGCGGAGUCCCCCACUGGGGCUGGUGGUUUUAGGGGUCCAUAUUCUCCCAGCCGCUGUUGCUUCUCGCCCCCUCCCCCGGCCCCCACUCCUAACUUCUUUAAGAGGCUUUGCUUCCCAAACACCACCACAUGACCUGUUGGCCUCUGUGGUUCUGCUGACAGGUAGGUACCUUGUAUUCUUUCCUUCCAGUGGAAUUGUGACUGCCUACCUCAUGAACUUGUGAGGAUGAAAACAAAAAUAAACGAAACUAUGUCGCUAACGCAGUUGGCUUGUAGUAGGCACUCAAUAAAUGGUUAACGCUGAA